UGCUCUCACCGCAAACAUCCUGAUGUUUCAGCCUUUAGGUGUUCAGAUGGGCUGGGUUUUACUCCCUACUACUCCUCAAUUGAUCCCAAUCGUUCAGGCGGCUCAAAUGAUUCCAGAUAUUAGCGCCUAUUGCCAAUGAAGCUUUAUGGAUCCUGAAUGAGCUUCUUCAAGGGUUCUAUUCGACAAGAGAGCUGAUAAACCUAAGCAAGAAUUCACUCCUUCAGAAAAGUGCACUGCAGAAAACUCCAAAGAAGUAACUCCAGAAACUAUUAACUUUGACAGGAAGAUCAGCAAACUUGAUCUUGUUGCUAUACCAAGAAAGCAUAAGGCAAGGGGCAAGAUCCUCCAAAGACUUUCUUCACUAUGAUCAGACUCCAAAAUACUCAGCGAGAUAGAGAACAUUCCAGACUCAGAUGAGUUCAUAAUUAGAGCCACUUCCAAGUCCCAAGCAAGUGAAGGUGCUAAUCAGACCAUGAGAUCAAGGUACAUCGGAGUCUGUCAUAAGAAUGGGAUGUACAACUCUUAUAUUGUGGCCAACGGGAAGAAGACCUACAUCUGAGGAACCAGAGACGAAGAACUGAGUGCCAGGUACUACGACUAUUGUGCAAUCUUACUGCAUGGUAGACUGGCUACCACUAACUUCUCAUACACAAAGAGACAGUUGGUAGAGAUACUCACUUCAGUUGGAACUUGUUCCGAAUCCUAAGCCAUACAUCCUCUAAGUUUUGAGUAAGAGUCUUGCUUGGCUGUUGUUAAUCCUUGUCAAAAUUGACAAAGAAGCUACUAAAUGCAUUCAAAAACAAGACUUCAUUGGUCUUAGCAAUGCCUUGCACCUUAGAGACUCUAUUAGAGAAGACCAAAAUCUUAUUCAUCUCUAACAGUAUUUUCAAAAGUCUUUUAUUUCAUCAAGAGCUUAAUA